GUCCCCGGUAAACCCUAAACCCUAAAUAUCUCAGUUCGCAAUUCACAUAACCGCUCUGCUGCUCCUUUCAAUUCCUUUCAACUGGUAACCCGACAGACCACUGGAAAGCUAAGAAGGAAGAAGAGAAAGAAGCACAACAAAGAUGUCGGAGGAAGAUGAAUCAAUGGCGGAACAGAGUGAUAAUGAAUCAGGACUUGAUUUUAUACUAAGCUUAGAAGAUGUUCCGUCGAAGAUGCCUCCACACCUUGAACUUUUCAAAACGCGUGUUAUCUGUAACAGCGAUGCUCCUAUACAUACGGAUACUAUACAUUAUUCUGGUGCUUAUGCGAUUUUGGGAGUUGAUAAUAGUCAGCAGUUUGAUAGCUUCCGUAAAAACUUCAAAGUUGAAGUGAAGCGGCUUACUGAUAGUGAGAUGGAGUUUGAUAUGAUUGGUAUUGAUCCUGCAAUUGCCAACGCAUUUCGAAGAAUUCUUAUAUCAGAGGUUCCGACAAUGGCUAUUGAAAGAGUAUAUAUCGCAAACAAUACAUCAGUUGUACAAGAUGAAGUUCUUUCCCAUAGAUUGGGUCUUGUUCCAAUUCGUAUUGAUCCCAGGCUAUUUGAAUAUCCAGAUACUGCAGGAGAUGACAAUAAUGAAAGAAAUACUAUUGUCUUUGGGCUACAUGCACGAUGUCAAGUUGGUCAACCUCGAAUUACUGUGAAAUCUGAUAAACUAAAGUGGUUACCUAAUGGGAGCGAGCUUCCUUGUGAAGAUGUCAAACCUAAUACAUCUUCGAAGCCAAAGACGUUUACAUCCUUUACUUGCAGCCAAAAUUCACUUCCUGGAUUUCCCAGCAAUUCAAUUGAUCUUACAGAUUCAGAUAUUAUAUUAGCUAAACUUGGACCUGGUCAGGAAAUUGAACUUGAAGCACAUGCAGUUAAAGGCAUAGGUAGGACACAUGCAAAAUGGUCCCCAGUUGCCACUGCUUGGUAUCGAAUGCUUCCGGAGGUUGUACUCUUGGAAGAUUUUGUGAAUGAGCAGGCUGAAGAAUUAGUAAAUAAAUGUCAACCUAAUGUGUUUGAUAUUGAAGACAUUGGAAAAGGUAAAAGAAGGGCAACAGUAGCCAGACCACGGAAUUGCACUUUGUGUAGGGAAUGCAUAAGAGGGGGCAAAGAAUGGGAAGAUCGGAUAUCAAUACGUCGCGUUAAACAUCAUUUCAUUUUUUCUAUUGAAUCAACUGGAGCAUUACCACCUGAAGUGCUAUUUACCGAAGCUGUGAAGAUUUUGGAAGAUAAAUGUGAACGUGUGAUUACUGAGUUUUCUUGAUUCUUCUUUUUGUUAUGUCUUAAUCUUAUAAUCAGUGAAAUGGAUAAGUGUAUUCUAUGUUCAGUUCUGAUAUGAUUCAAUUUUGUAGGACUCCUUAUAAAUUAAAUCUAUUUCCUUACUCAUAGUUAAGUUUUGGA